AUGCCGCCACCACCCAAGGCUUCAGCCCCAAAGCCAAAGGCUCAACCGCCAAAACCCGCAGUCAGCACUGGCAGCAGCGGAGCUGGCAUGAGCGCAUUGCUGAGCAAAGUGGAAGCUGUUGGCAAGAAGAAGGAUCUAGAAGAAGCCAAGGAAAUCGAGGAUAUCGACUUAUCUCAAAUCGAUCCAUCCGCGGCCAGGGAGAAGGUAACUUGCCCCCGCUGCGAAAAGGAAGUGCUCAAAGAGCAUUUCGAGUCACACAUGACUGCUCAUUCCAGCGAGAUACUUCCAUGGCUUUUCCUUGGCGGCAAGCGCAACCUGGAAAAUGACAAAGAGCUAACGGUUCGAACCAACAUCACUCACGUGCUCAAUUUGGCGCAGGAGGUCAACCUGAAAGAGGACUUCAGGAUCAUUGCCACUGAGUACAAUCUCGAGCGAGGGCUUCCCUUCGUGUACAAGAAGUUCAGCUUCGGUGACACUCCAGAUCAACACAUUCUACCUGAGCUAGAUAGCGCGGUUCAGUUCAUCCAUGAUGCGCGGUCUUUGAGCCAGCAGCAUCACGUGCUUGUCAACUGCGUGCAGGGCAUCUCUCGAUCAGCCUCAGUUGUCAUCGCAUACUUGAUGAAGUACGAGCACAUGCACCUCCGUGAAGCAUACGACCAUGUUCGAGAAAGGCGAACCGUUGCAGAUCCACGGAAGGAGUUCGUGGACCAGCUUGCACAAUUUGAGUGCCAAAUCUUCGGGCUGGACAAGCCGUCAUUGACCGGGGCCAUUGCUUUUGAAGGCCGAACGCUACUCAACCUGGAUGACCCGUUGCCCCAGUCAGAGCGCGACUGUGAAGAAGGUGCAGAAGUGCAGAACACAGUGCCAGCUGCUCCCAAGGCUGGGACAGACGUCGUCAUCGAAGAAGACAUCUUGAACAAGCUUUCAGGCCAUGCAAUCGAAUCCCGCGAAUGGUAUGCAGACGCAAACCCUGCGAAUAGCCCGACAAAGACUGCUGUAGACGUGGAUGGGAAGGCUACGACAACCAUCCUUGAUUCACAAACCGUCGACGUGACGGUGCCUGAUCAAAGCUAG